AUGUCCAGGCGAGAGGAGAGCUCCUCGCCGAGGACCGGGCCGCCGGACAUUCGCCCGUCGGACCCAGCCACGCGUGCUGUGGAGGCGAUUCUGCCUGCAACGGCGGCGCAGCUUUCGACCUUCGAAACGCUUCAGCAAGAUCGCCAGAGCCACAAUGCAGCGGAGUUCGCCGACCUGCUUCAGACGGACUUGGCGGUGCCUGCGGAACUGCCUCUCCGUUCGUUCUCUUCGCGCCAAAUCGGCCAGCAUUUCACGCACGAAAGAGCCACACGCGGUGAACAGGUCGGCGCCCGCGACCGCCCGAUUCGCGGAUCGCCGGAAAGUCGAUACAACUCCACCGUGGAGCGCAGUGCCUUCGUCUCUCCCUCGUGCCCGUCUCUACCCCCGACCGUGCCUCCUAACUCGGCUGACCACUCGACAGGCGAGUCGGCGAUUUCCGACGGCGAUUCUCGGCGAUCGUGGAUCUCCUCUUUCGUUCCGUGGCACCCUCGCAAAGGCCCUGUGGCGCAAGCGGCAGUGGGGGCCGAAGACGAGGAAAAUGAAGUUGCGGCAAAUGACGAGGACUACGCAGAGGACGCCUCCGACCAGGAGGACGAUCCGGGGAAUGUGCUCUUUGCCGACGACGGAGCGGGCACGCCGGUUGGAACGGAUGACAGCGAGCGUUCGAGGCGACCGGAGCUGAAGGUCUCACGCGUGUUGGAGAGGCGCGCUCGCUGCGAGGCGUCUGGUGCGGGAAGGCGGAAUGCGGUGUAUGCGUCAGACCGCACGCCUCUGCGGGAGGGUGAGGCUCUCGACGGAAACAGGCAGGCGCCAACGGGGGCUGAUUUUGUUCUUCGGCGCGUCGGUUCAUUCUGCCCGCCUCUGAAUCGUCACACGUCAUCUGAGCAGAUCUUAGACGCUGGCCGAGGACAUGCGCACGGCAACGAAGGGGAUACCGCCCUCAAGCGAUCCUGGACAGGGCCCGCCGACGAGUUGUGUGCAAGUCGAGGCGACGACGGCGAAGGCGGGGCUGAGAGCCGUGAGACGCGCAGGAGACUCAGAUGGGCCGCAGGCGAUGGCACGCCGUUUGCCGCCUUCCCGGCGCCCGUCGCGGGGGCUCUGAAAGGCGACAGACACGGUGCAGUGCGAAAUCCAGCGCACGCAGGCCUCCUCGAGAGCCGAGACUUUGUCGCUUCCAACAGCUUCCCAGCACACGUUCCUGUGUUGCUGAAUCCACGGCGAAACGCCUCGGACGGAGCCCUGACGCGUGGGUGCCCCCGGACCGCGUACGACGGCCUGAAGCGCCGACCUACGCGGGGAGGCGUUCGCCCUUGGAAGUCUCAGGGCAUCGCUUCGCCGCCUCGGCCUGCUUCUUCGACAAGCAUCGGCAGCGGCUCUCGGGCGCAGGCGAGUCCCGCCGAGCUCUUCCAGGCCGUGCGUCGCGGGCUGUAUCGGCAGGCGAUAGGCGAGUUUCGAGCGGGGCCCAUUUACCGGAAUGUGGCGGGGAUUUUCACAGAGCGAGGCGCCUUGACCCGGCGGGAGCUGGAGCGCGAAUUCGUCUACCGAACGGCCACCUACGCAGCCUCGAACCACAGCCGCGCACACCUCCAGGCGCUGCAGGAGACAGUCACCCGGAUGUCGGGGGGCAUGCAGCUGGAAGUGCUGCCGCACGACGUUUCGUGGGCUGAGCAGAACCCGGCGAUUGCCUCGAGAAGCCCAGAAGAAGUUGCCCGACUUUCCGACCUUCUCGAGUACCCCCGCAUGUUGAGUACGCUGGACGAGGAGACAGUCAACUGGCUGGGCCGCGAGAGAAAUAGGGGCUACUGGUUCGAGCGCCUCUGUCUGUACAUCCUCUCCGUGACCGUGCUCGUCAGCACUCAGUCCAUGGAAGAUCUUUUUGCCGAAGUUAUCAAGUACGAAUGCGCCGGGUGGAUCUUCUUCAUCUACGCAGCUGCUCUCUUCCUCGUCUGCCUCCCCAUCAUGGCGUUCGAACUUGCUAUAGGCGAGGCCACGCGCGCCUCAACCCCGUACGCCUACUGGAGCCUUUGCAAACGCGCGAGAGGCCUAGGCAUCUUCAUGUGUCUCAUCGUCCUGUUCUGCGACAUCGUCCCCUUUUCCAGACGCCCGGCCGAGUGUUUGGUAUAUCUCGUGGAAUCGUUUCGUCCCGUCCAGCCGUGGAGGCUAACAGACCAGGAGGUCCGAGACUGCAGACAGUUUGGGAUGAAUGAGGCGCUAUGUAACUCGAGAAGCUAUUGCGUCUUCUCGGAAGAACGAGGCUAUUGUGUUCCAUACAAUCUCGGAAAGUCUGCUGUGAUGUACAGUCAACGGUUCGGUUGCAGGCGUGAAAGCAGCCGUCUCUCUCCGUACCAUCUCUUCGCUUCUCUCAAUUCCUUGUCGCUUUCUGCGCCUGGCCUCGUUCCUCGGACGGCGGCUAUGGCCGCUGCCGCCCGCAUCGCCCCCGGCCCGGCGUCUCUUAGUGGCACACCCCUCGGAGACACCGUGCGCGACCGCUCGUUGGGCUCGCUAUCUCGAGGGGACGUCGGCGCCGACGCCGCGAACGCGCGCGGAGACAGCGACAGCCCCGCAGCGCGCGGCUCGCAGGCGCCAGAGCGAGAAGGCGAGGAAGAAACACAGCCAGAAGAACAAGCUGAACCGAGAGCGCCGAAGCCACAAAGAGAGGAAGACGGAAGCGAGCAGCGCGGAGACGAACCGAACAAUGAAAAUGCGCCAAUGGAGACAGAGAGAGAGGAGGCAGGGGCUCUGAAUCAGAGAGAGCGGUCAGAGAAUGGAGGCGAGGAGGAGACGGAGACCAGCAAGCAGGGAGGAAACACAAAACUCACAAGAGGAAAGAAUGCCUCUUCAGAUAUCUACUACUGGGGAGGCGACGGACCCGAUUUUCAUCUCCUUUGUGGCAUCGCUGCCGCGUGGUUGCUUGCAAGCUACCUGUACAUCCUCGGCGGUUCCACCCUGUCCAUCGUCUGUGCAGGAGUCUUGAGUUUGUGGGCAGUCCUGGCGCUUGGCGAGAUUGGGUUCAACGAACGGAUACGCCACCACUUCUUCAGCGGGGUGCACGUGUUCCGGUCCCCGCAAAUCUUCCGCGCCAUCGGCUCGCCGUCCUUGUGGACGACAGCGAUUCUAACUGCCGCGAGAGACCUGUGGGUGGGGGUCGGUCUCUUCUGCACUCUUGGAGCGCGCGCGAGAGUUGGCCAGAACGUGAUGGCGGAGGCGACUGGAGCAACGGUGACGAGUAUAGCCGCGUCUCUGGCGAAGUCUCUGGCUGUUGCCAGCGCAAUCUGCUUCGCCGCGAAGCCUCUUGGUAUUUCAGCCAACCUCAUUCUGCGAGACGCCCCCUCCGCCCACAUCUUUAUCGUCUAUCCCGUCGCUGUCUUCCUCAAUGAACCGUUCGAGCGGAUCAUGGCAACCGCCGUCUACACGGGGGCGACAAUUCUCCUCACAGCGACACUCUCGCUGCUGGUGCUCGUGCUGGUGAAGGCGCUUCAAGAGUGCGCGCUCUGUGGGCAGAGCUGGAAGCACCGCACACCCUUUCUUCUCGUCUUCUUCCUGUUUCUCCUGUCUCUCCCUCAAGCUACUUUCAACGGCCGAUAUGUCGUCGCUCUCCUCAGGAAAUACGUCGGCGCCGCAGGCCAUCUGUGGUGCUGCCUGGGCAUCUGCGUGUUUGUCGGCUGGUGCCACGGCUUGAGGGAACAAUCCAGAUUCCUCGGGCAAGCAGCCGUCUAUCUCUACGCGAUCCUCAACUGGUCAUCCAUGCUCGCCCUCGCGGCUCUCUGGGUGCUCUUCGAAUCUCCGGCGGCCUUCUGCGCCUACUGGGUCGGCUCAGCCGUCGUGUGCGUUGCGUCUGCGUACGUGCUCGCGGUGUGUGCGCCGAUGCUGCAAGACCUCUGGGAGGCGAAGAAGAAAUCCAGGGAUCCAGAAACAGGGAAACGUCGCGCACCGGCCUCGCAUAAUGCCCACGCGCUCACUGUUCAGGACCGCAUGUGGUGGUUAAUGAUCGGGAACACGGAAGUACUUCGCCUCGAGUUCGCUCGCGUGAUCAGCGGCCACGCGUCGGUCUGCGGCUUCACCGUCCUUUGGUCCAUCUGCAUCAAGUGGCUAGCGCCGUGCGCCUUGGUGCCUUCGGUGAUCUCUUUAGCGCUGCACCACUGCCAGCUUUUUCUCCGCGAGAGCAUGCAGGACUCGCUCCACGCGGCCAGCUUCGGACUUGCUUGCGCCGUCUGGGCGAUUGCCGGUCUCGCCUUCCUCUACUGUCUCUUCUGGCCGAAUGGCAUUCGCGGCCUCCACAGGUUUCCAAGUCAACGCCUGCUGCCGCUUUCCAAGUUGCCCGACAAUCUCGGCCCCGCGCUGGGGACGCCGACGUCGGGGUAUCAUCCCCGUUUGCUUUUUGCGGAGUUUUACAAAGAUGCAUGCAGCCCAACGGCGCGGCUGAUGGCUUACAUGUACUGUGCGAAGGCGGACAAUUUGCUGACUUGCCUCCAGGAGCGUGCAGAUCUGGACGGCGCGGGGUCGCCCUCAGCUCCUGGCGGCUCGCCGGAAGCCCUCUCGCUUCUCCACUUUCUCUUUGGGGCGCCCUCACGUCUCACGGAGAGAAGUUGCGCGGCGGCAGCAAAGCCUCGGCCUACGUCGCGCCUCUCCUCUCUGUCCCCUCGCAGUAUGGACGCCGGCACGCAUCUGUCUCCCGCCGUCAAGCCGAAAAACAGUUUCCGUUCGGCGUGUCCUUCCUUCUCGCCGAAGGAGCGACUGGAUCCGACCUCGCCGUGCUAUUCGGCUGCCUCGACCGUUGCCCGAUCCGUAACCCGCCGCUUCUCGCACAUGCCGCUCUACGCCAGAAGAAAAGGCGGCUUAUCGUGCCAGCCGUCUCGGACGGCUGCGUGUGAAAAACAGAGGAAAGCGCCGCCUGCGGAACUGAGUUGA